AUCGCGCGGCUUGCCCGCUCUCUGGUGUGUGUCACUGCAUUUACGUUCGUCUGCAACGUCUGCAAGAUAGAUCGGGUUCGUGUUGUUCGUGUUCGUGCUCGAAUAUUCUUGGCCGUUCUUGGCCUUGUAGGCCUUCUUGGGUCCUUGGUUUGGGCGAGGGUAACGUAUUCGAGGCCGUUGCUACGCAGGGAACGUUCUGUUAUCUUGGGAAUGUGGUAAAUUGUAGAAUACAGGUAACGUUUUUGGUUGUACAACGAACCUUCCGUCUUCGGGGAAACGCGUUUGUUGCCCAAGGCAUUCCCAGGCAACGGCCUGUCUGGGAUUUCAUGGCCGCUGAAACAACAGUUUACGUUUUUAUAUACAGCUGCUUUCAGAUGGGAUACAGUUAUAAUGCAAGGAAAUUUACAGCUGACGCUAGCGAUUAUAAAACCGCAUGUAACAAAAGCCCCUCAUGCUUUACAGAAAAUUCGGGAGACCAUUCUGUCUAGUGGAUUUUAUGUAGUGCAGAGGAAGUCCACAAUAAUGACUGAAGAAGUUGCAGCAGAAUUUUAUGCUGAACACAGAAAUAAGUUCUUUUAUAACAGACUUGUGACGUUAAUGCGAAGUGGCCCAUCCGAAGUGCAUAUAUUGGCACGACAGAAUGCAAUUAAGGUUUGGAGGAGCCUGAUGGGGCCAACAAAAGUGUACCAUGCUCAGUUUACGGCUCCUGAGAGCAUUAGAGGCAGAUUUGGACUCACCGACACUCGCAAUGCAACACAUGGCUCAGAUUCUCCUGAGUCAGCAACGAGAGAGAUAGAAAUCUUCUUUCCAGACUUCAGCAUCGACAGGUGGUUUCUGAAAGAAGCUGAGUACUUUAAUACUGGUGCUGUCAAGUUACGUGCACAAGAGUUUGUUCACCGCAUCAUUUCUGCUUCAUAAGGCCAAUAUGGAUGCUUGCUAUUGUAGUCGAGGACACUGUACUAGCUUUGAAAUCGUGAAGUAGGUCUGCUACUACGGAAAAUGAACAUACAUUACAGUGAGGUAUCGAGAUGGAGGAGGGCUGAGAGAGCACACGGUGAGGAAUGUGGUAGGAUGGGGUAAGGAGAAAACCAAUGCAGAGACUGGAAAAGCGGACAGCUCUUUGUGACACUGCUGCACAGUUAGACGGAAGAGAAUUCACUGAGGCAACUUUCUGAUGCCAUCUUCAGGACCCACUUAAGCUGGGAGUGAAAGUUGAGUCUCGAGUUGAAGACGGACUUGUGCCUCCAGUGUAGUGAGGUACUGUAGAUGGAAGGCCGCAAGUUGUUACAUGAUGCGUGAAGUGGAUGUUAGAUUGUGCCAAUUGUUUCUUGCAGACUGGGAGAAGACUCUCUGGUUAAUGGAUGGUUUUGAGGAGGGGAAAGCCAGUGGUAUUGUUGACAGCAGUAAAGAUAUUCUUUUAUAUUCAGAGCAGGUAAUGACAUACUUGAAAGUGAUGAAAUUUGUUUUUGACCUAUGAGUUUAAAUUUGAAAAUACAUUCCAGAGUUAAUGAAAUAGAACUACAGCAAAUGUAAAGUUGGAUGGGAAAAUUCUGUGUUUUAGAGAUUCAGCAUCUUGUUCCAAAGCAAGCCUUGAGUGCUGUUCUCUGUGUACACUGAAAAGGAGCUAUGACUAUGAAACAGAAGAAUGUAAUGUAGAAUUUAAUUAAAAUAUGUUUCAUUUACCACUUACAUGGUUUCUGUCAGCAUUAAACAAAUUUGUUAAUGAG